AUGAAAAAAAAGAAAAGGGCUGAGUUCGAACAGUCAAUGAAAGUAAUGAAAGCGCAUCAAGAAGAGGGUAUUAAAAAGGUCUUGCAAGACUAUCUAGCCGCCCAAACGCAGACGAUGACGGUAGAAGACUCUGAGAGAAACGUGGAAAUGCCAUCAGGCAGAGGUCAUGAGUCCAAAGGAUCAAGCCCGAAGACAUCCGGCGCCACACCAGCAGCCCCUACUCCACGAAAUCUGGGUCAAGUGCCCAUAGAAAGCGUACAGGAGGGAGCGGAUAAGUAA